AUGUUUGUUCGUCUCAGUUUAUUCCAUGAUGGUAGUUUACUGGCCGAACUCCAAGUUAAACCUAGGUGGAUUGAGCAGAUUAAAGAUAAGCAGCUGGAGGAGGAGUCACUAGGUUCUAGUUUUCGACAGAUAGAGAAUGGGGAGACCUCAGAUUUUGGGCUGAAUAGCAAAGGGAUACUGUAUUUCCAUGGUAGAGUAUGUGUAGCGAAAGAUACUGAUUUGAGGCAGUUCAUAUUGCAAGAAGUGCAUAAUAGUCCUUACGCUAUGCAUCCUGGCGAGAAUAAAAUGUACCAGGAUCUUCAGGAAUUACAUUGGAGGCCAGGACUUAAGCGGGAAGUUAAGGCGGAGCAUCAGUUGCCUUCAGGGUUGCUUCAGAUUGUCAAGAUUCCGCUUUGGAAAUGGGAGAGAAAACUGGCUAAGCUGUAUGUAUCCGAAAUUGUGAGACUGCAUGGGGUACCGAUUUUUAUUAUAUCCGAUAGAGAUCCUCGCUUUACGUCUCAAUUUCGGAAGAAGUUGCAUGAGGCACUGGGGACGAGGUUGGACUUCAGUUCUAUGUUCUAUCCUUAG